GGAGGCUCCUUUCUUUGUAUCCUACCACCAUUGCCUACAUACAUACCAUGCCUAUCUACUCCGUGUCGUGUUCCCGCCCUUUUUGCCAAUCCCUCAAAUUACAGGUCAUAUUUUUCCUUAAAAUUAACCCCUUAACUUCAAAUACCCGGCUUACACCUCAACAAAGAUCAAGUUGGACCUUGAAAUUGAAUCUUCGUUUGAAUUCACAGUUCUGUAGAAGGUUUUCAUCGCUGCAUUGUUUGUUAAGGCCGCCCAAGAAAAUGCCUCCCAAAGCUGAAACAUCAGCUCCAAGAGUUGAAGCAGAAUAUGCAAAGUCGGCCAGAGCUGCCUGCAAAAAAUGUGGAAAUAAUAUAGCCAAGGGUUCCCUGCGCCUCGGAAUUAUAAGCAAAGCCGGCGGCGGCUUUGAUAUGACCCGCUGGCAUCAUCUUCACUGCUUUAAAGCAGACAUUACUGCAGCUGAAAAUAUUAACGGAUUUUCACUGCUCAAAGCUUCUGACCAGGAAGCUUUGAGAAACCUAGUAGCUGAAUUUGGGAACGAACCGGAGAAGUCUAUAACUGCAGCUGCUACAUUGCAUGACCAUGAGCAGGGCUCUUGCCAAAAGGGAGACAUGCACGAGGAUGACCAAGGAAGCCGCAAGAAACCCAAGUUGUCUGGACACAAUGAUGAAGAUUUUUGGAAUUUAUUUUCUCCUUUGGAGCUUAAUGGUAGAUAUAAGGAUGCCAUUCUACCCCUGAAAUGGAAGGCAUUUCAAACAGUUAUUGUCCUUGGAGAGGAUGAUGGCUUGCGGGCAUCAGAAAAGAUAGCUGCCUUUGAUUUCGAUGGUUGUCUUGUGAAAACUUCUCUCAAAAGGGUUGGAGCAGAUGCCUGGUCACUCCAAUAUCAAUCUGUUCCUGAAAAAUUACAGAGUUACCACAACAAAGGCUACAAGCUGGUUAUCUUUACAAAUGAGUCCAACAUUGAUAGGUGGAAAAAUAGUAGGCAGAAGGCAAUAGAUUCUAAAGUUGGACGGUUGGAAGGAUUCAUCAAACGAGUUGAGGUUCCCAUACAGAUUUUUAUAGCUUGUGGAAUAGAAGGAACAGGUGAUCCUUUCAGGAAACCAAAGCCAGGAAUGUGGAGGUUAAUGGAACGGCAUUUCAAUGCUGGAAUUGCUGUUGACAUGGAACAGUCUUUUUAUGUUGGAGAUGCAGCUGGGAGAAUUGAUGAUCACAGUGAUGCAGAUAUUGGUUUUGCGAAGGCUAUUGGUUUAAAGUUUUUUGUGCCAGAGGAUAUUUUUACUAAAUCUGUUUGAAAGUUCGUAUUUCUGUCUCGUUGACUUCUGGCUUGAUAUGGCCUCGGAGAGGCAAACAUCACUAUCUGACUCAACAAUUCAGUAUUACUGUUCAAUUUUGGUAGAAUUCAGACCUUCUACUGACGUUCUUUUCUGGAGAGCACUGCCAUGUUUUCAUCAUUUGGCACGAGACUGAGAUGCCUGCGUGCAGAAAAGUUUUGCAUUAUUGCUACUUCUGGCAUUAUCGCUGGGAAUAUCAUUCCUGCAUAUAAUCCUGAAUAACAAAUUCAAAAAGAAAUUUAGAUGUGAAAGGCUUUACUUGUAAGCAACUGGAUGUUCUGAUUGUAUCAAAAGCAGUUUUCAUUCGCAUCCAAAAAAUUGAGUUAUUUAUGGUGUCUAUUAUAAUGGUAUAGCUAUAAUUCGUAAAGUGCAUCCAAAUUAAAACGUUGAAAAACAUUAGUUAUUGUAUAGAACAUAUGAUAGUAGAUUUUCAGAUACUAUUAUGUUACCAUUCAGAUUUCAUUCAA